AUGGAGAAGAUACAUUCUGAACUUGAGACCCUCAUUUCGAAAAAACUCCCACAUAUGAACGAUAAUUCCACCUACACCGACAUUGAAAUUAUACAAAUUGAAAAUUCUUCCGGGUAUAGUCAAAUGGCUAAAGCGCUAAAGAAAUUUAAUACCUCUGCAAAGGCGGCUAAGAAAUUACGCGAACUGCGUGAGUCGUAUGAAAAGGCACGCGAACUGUUUAACGAAAAGAAAUAUCUAUUUAUCGCAGUAGACGUGGAGAGUUACGAGAGAGAUCAUGCUUGUAUUUUGGAGGUCGGUUGGAGUAUUUACGACUCAAGAAAAGACAUAACUGACGACCCAGAAAAUAAACCUUAUUUGGACAGGCACUUUUGCGCCACUGAAUAUAGACAUAUGAAGAACGGGAAGUAUGUGCCCGAUAUGAAGGAUAAAUAUAUGUUUGGGGAAACAAUCUGGGCUAAUUUGAACAGUAUAGCCGACCAGCUUCGGGGAGAUCUUAAUGAAGCCGAAAAGGGUACUGUUGUCUUUGUUGGACACGAUACAAAGACUGAUGUAAAGUAUUUGGAGAGCAUCGGUAUCUUUGUGGAGAGGGAUAUCGAACCGGCCGGAACUUUUGAUACAGCUGAGAUGUAUGCUGCUAGAUCUGGGAAAGCAAACGAUAGAAUAAAUCUGGGAAGGUCUUGUGAUGAGAUGGGCAUUGAAAACUAUUGUUUGCAUAACGCCGGGAACGACGCGCAUUAUACUCUGCUGUUGUUUAUUGAAUUGUGCAGACAAACUCUUCCUGAUAUUGAUCUAUCAAAUAUAAACACAACACCGACAACCUCCAAAGUCACUUACGAGGUCAUCUAG